UUGAGUACAAAUUAAUACAAGACCUAAAGAAAUAGCAAGCCCUGGAUCGUAGGAUAGCUCAUUAUCAGGAAGAAAUGGAUCGAAAUUCCAUAGAAAGAGAACGAAGAUUGAACAUGAGAAAUCUCUUAUCCAGGCUCUUUCCUCUACUUCCUCCUCAGCCAACCGAGAUGUCGAUUCCAGACAUGGUGGAGCUAGCCACCAUAUAUGUAAAGCAAUUACAAAGACAGCUGGAGGAAAUCAAGAAAAGGAAGAUGCAACUGGAAGGGGAGAGUGAAGCAGUUUGUAGAGUGACAAGGAAGACGAUAUCCCCAGUUCUAGAUAUAAUAGAUUCUAAUUCUACUACGAGAGUAAAUUUGAUUACAGGGUCGAACAUGAAGUUUACACUAAGUGAGAUUAUCAGUGUCAUUGAGGAAGAAGGAGCUGCAGUUAUAGGUGUUACAUAUAAUAAUGCAGGCGAGACUAUGAACAUCCUUUCAGUUCAUUGUCAGGCUAUUUGUUCUAGGAUUGGCAAUGAAAGUUCGAGACUGGGUGAGAGAUUGAAGACUCUGCUUGAAGAGUGCAUGUAGCUGUUGUUGGAGUAUUUUCUGUCAAAAAUGAAACUAAAUGGAUCUGUCUUUUUUAUUACUAUGCUACGACUAAAUCACCACCUUUACCUGAUAUGUAUCACUACUACAAGUGAUUUCAACUAUGACCUAUAAUAAUUGAUUUAUACUCACAUUACUUUGGUAAAGUUAUGUGCAAGCAAACUCCAGAUUGUUAUAUCUUAGGAACAGCAUGAAAAUUAGAGUUAUCCUUAAGU